GUCCGGCGGGGGGCGGCGGGCUGACGACGGCGACUGCGGCAGUACGCAGUACGGUCCACGCCAGCCGCCGCAGCGCCAGCACUAUACACCAUGCCGGCACCCCGCCCCGCCCCCAAAGUCGCCCUCAACGAUGGCACGCAGAUGCCCGUCAUCGGACUGGGCACCUACCAGGGGAAUCCAUUGGGCAAACGUCUCGACUCGCACGUCGGCCAGGUGCAGCAGGCCGUGAUGGACGCCCUCGACAUCGGCUACCGGCACAUCGACGGCGCGCUGCUCUACCAGAACGAGGAGGAGGUGGGCGCCGCGGUGCGGGCCAAGAUAGCGCAGGGCGUCGUCAAGCGCGAGGACGUCUUCGUCUGCACCAAGCUCUGGAACAACUCACACCACCCUGACGCGGUGGAGAGGACCUGCCGCAAGUCGCUGUCGAACCUGGGCCUGGACUACAUCGACCUGUACCUGAUGCACUGGCCCACGGCCUUCAAAGACGGCGACGACCUCACCCCCAAGGGCCCCGACGGCAAGGUGCUGUUCAGCUCCGUGGACAUCCUGGACACGUGGCGAGCCAUGGAGCAGCUGGUGCGCCAGGGCCUGGUCCGCUCCAUCGGCGUGUCCAACUUCAACGCGGCGCAGCUCAGGCGACUCAUGGACAACUGCGACAUCAAGCCGGUGGUGAACCAGAUAGAGUGCCACCCGUACCUCUCCCAGAAGCCCCUGCUCGAACUGUGCCAGCAGCUCGGGGUGCGCGUCGUGGCCUACAGCCCCUUCGGCUCCCCCGAGAGCGACUGGAGCCUCGGCAAGGUCGACCGCCUCCUGGACGACAGGACCAUCGCGGAGGUCGGGAAGAAGCACGACAAGACCCCCGGGCAGGUCAUUCUGCGUUACCUGGUGCAACGCGGUGCAGUGCCGAUCCCCAAGUCGGUAACAAAGUCGAGAAUUCAGGAGAAUUUCAAUAUUUUCGAUUUUGAGCUGAGUGCCCAAGACAUGUCUAUACUCGAAGCACUUAACAAGGAUAGGCGCAUGUGUCCUUUCCUUGAAGGACUCGGUCAUCCUGAAUAUCCUUUUUAAGCUACUUCUUAGUAAGACAGGACUUUCCAGAUUAACAACUACUCUCCCUUCUAUUAAAACACCAAGAAAAUUCAAUAAGAUUUGAUAAUAAAAGCGUUUAUUCCACAAAA